GUGACCGCUCCCUUUCUCAAUCGGUUGUCAGUCUCGCUGCUACUUUUCAAGAAUAUAAAAUAUUCUCCUUUCUAAUAACUAAGAAGGAGGAAGUGGCUGCCUGAGGGAGGACUCAGUGAUUCACCAGGAUGUCGAAGGCUGCGCCUGCAAAGAAAGCUGCGCCCCCCCCAGGAUGCACCAUCGACAUCAACGAUCCCAAAGUUCAAGAUGCAGCCAUUAAAAUCCAGGCCUCGUACCGAGGGCACAGGUCCCGGCAGGAGCUGCGGGAGAAGGGCCCACCGAGGAUCCUGAAAGAGCUGAAGGAUGUGGUGCUGAUCGAGGGCAGUGCUGCGAGGCUGGAUUGCAGGGUCAGUGCCUUCCCUGACCCCCUCAUCCGCUGGUUCAAGGACGGGCAGGAGCUGAAGGAUGGGCCCAAGUACCGCUAUGUGUUUGAGGACCCUGAUGUCGUAGCGUUGGUGGUUAGGGAUGGGACACUCUCUGAUCUGGGAAAAUACACCAUCUCCAUCAGCAAUACCUUCGGAGAAGCCUUCGACUCGGCAAAGAUCAUCAUCGAAGUCCCGGGGAAGAUUCAGAAGGGGCCGGACAGUGUGAAGGUGAAGGCUGGCCAGACGGUGAAGCUGGUCGCUCACAUCAGCGGAGAGCCUGAGCCUGACGUGGGCUGGGCCAAGGAUGGUGAGGACGUGGAGGAGGAUGACAGGUUGUUUUACGAUAUCGACGCAGACACCACCACGUUGACGAUCAAAAAUGUCACAAAAGCAGAUGCUGGCAAGUAUGAAGUCUUCGUGGAGAACAGUCUGGGAAUGGACCAGUCCUUCGCCAGAGUCGAUGUCAUCUGAUCUCUCUCACUCACCAUCUCUUUCCUUCCCUGUCGGUCGCUCUCCCUGUCUCUCUCACACUCUCUCCAUCUCCCUCAGACUGUCAGUCUGCCAGCUGUCUAGCCCCCUGAAUCUCCCAGUCUCAGCUGUCAUGGCCCCUGGUUCAUCCCCAGAAACAGGCUGGUGUUAGUGAUAACACCCUCAGCCCCCUCAGGGAUCACAGAUGGCCCCGGGCACAGAGCGCCCACUCCAUUCCUCGCCCACUGACCGACUCGUCAGGGUCAAACUGUCACAGCUUUUGUUUAAAAUAAAUAUUUGAAACUAUUUCACUAA